GAAUUCAAGGGUACUUCAAUGCCAAGGUCUUCAGUUCAGACGUUUUCUUGUAGUCGUCAUACAUGCAUUUAUAUUUAUAUAUGUUCGGAAAACUAUUUGCUCUAGUUGCAACAGUUCAUGCUGUUCCGACACCACAGACUUGGGGGAUUGGAACAGGCCAAGAAUACUUGGACUAUUCUGAGACAACGACGCCGCAAGGAACUAGAAAGGGCUAUGCUAUUCCUAAGGGACCACCUCCUACAACUUCCCCGUCCCCAACACUCACUCCUCCGCCCUGCUCAAACUUCCAAGAGCUAAUCUCCCCUCCACCAGGAAUGGUAACUCGUCCGCCUCCUCAGAAAGGAUACCAGCCACCUAGAUGUCCGCCCUCAACCACAGCACGUACAGUACCCCCACCAACAACUACAACAAGGCGGACAACAACAACUACAAGACGGACAACUACAACAACAACAAGAAGGACAACGACACCAACUUUAACAAUCCCUACCACUGUAUCCCCAUGUCGACCAGUAACCCUACCUCCCUGUUUUCAAACUACUCUACCACCUUGCCCUCUAGUUACAACCCGCAGUCCUAUCAUUCAAACAACUCAACAUAGUAAAGGGUAUGCCCGCCCUGUUGUUCAAGAUAGUAGUUCAUCGAGGGAUUAUUUCAAAGAGUCUUCAAGGUUAGAAAACGAUCAGGAGACGAAUGGACCUGGUAGUAAUGGGAUACAAUUCGGGGAUGAAGAUCAAGCACCACAAGGGCUAAAUGUUCUAAGAAAACAGAGGAGAAAUCAAAUGAGAUUAUAUGGAAGUUUCUUAAAAGGAGAUUCUGCUCUGGACGCUGGACAAGGAUACCAUAGUUCUAAUCAGGCCCAAUAUACAAGGAAAAGGUCUAGGAAUCCAAGGUUUGAAAGACGAUCUACCCAGAUCAAUUCUACCAUCAGAAUGAAUACAUUUGAUGAGCAGAAUGAUAAUAUUUUAGAUUCAGUGGAUCAAGAUGUCAAGCUCAGAGAGAGUAGGUUGGAUGAGGAGGAGCUGUACCGGAAUUUUUACGGAAUUGGUGGAACUGAAAAGAAAAGGUUAGGGUCAGCUUUACAGAUCAUACUCGGAAAUAUUGAAAAUUCUCCUGUUCAGCAAACUAAUCAAAUUCGACAGACAAUGGAGAAACCAAGCAUGAAGGAAAAAGAUAAUUUAAACCAUGAAGAUGUUGCCGGUCCAGAGGAAUUUAUUCUCAUGGAGCUACGAUCACAACCUGAAGAAAUGAUUCCAAAACAACGGUCUUAUAACGCACCUGCUUGACAAGUUUUUCAACGAAGAUUUAGUGAACGUCUAUUUUUAUUUUGAAAAUAUACUUAAUAGCAUUCUU